CUCGUUUAUCUACAAACUAAUGAAUAGAGUAUUUCGACAACAAAAUAUACGUGGCAUUUUUCUUUUUCGUUUUUUUAUAAACGAUCUUUAUCGUCAAAUAAAAGAAUGGUAUGAAGAAAAUAUUGAUGAAAACUAUAUCGAUAAUGGUUCAUCAUAUACUGUGUAUCGCGGCCAGCGUAUUACAAAAGCUGAGAUAGAUCAAUUAGAUUCCAAUAAACUCGUAACAUUUAACACAUUUUUAUCGGCAACAUUCUCCAAAGCUAUGGCACUGGAAUUUGUGGCCGAUGCAAAAAGCAGUAUUAAUCAAGAUAUUCAAAUUGUUCUUUUCGUAAUUCAUUUUACAAUUAAUCAUAAACUACCGCUGAAAGUGAAACCUUACAUUAUUAUUCAAAGUGGUGAAGAUGAGUGCCUAUUUACCGUUGGAUCCUUAUUUGAAGUAGUUGAAAAAACAUAUAGUACUAACGUUUGGAUUAUUUCGUUAACACUGGUUAACGAAGACGAUAAAGGGAACGAUAUCGCUAGAGACUAUCAAACAUUAAAGUCGACAGCGUCUGUGGAAGCCAAACUUGUCCGAGUUGGCGACCUCUUACUAGAUGAUGAAAAAUCAGAAACGUACUACAGUAUUAUAAAACAGGAGUUUGGACUAAUGGCUGGCGCACAUGACAGUGGAAUGGGAUGGUUAAAGUACAGACAGAAGAAGUUUGAGGAAGCACUCGAAUACCAAUUAAAAGCAGUUAAUCGUUAUAAAAAUGAUGAAGAUCACAAAGAUGUGUUGGUUAUGAGCUAUUGUUGCAUUGGUGCAAUUCAUAGGCAGAAAGAGGAUAAUAAAGCAGCACUGGAGUACUAUACUAAAGCGUCUGACGUUGGACAUAGCAUCAUUCCAGUAGACAAGUAUUCGAUGUACAACGGCUACACGCAUAUCGCUCUUAUGCAAAUCGCAUGUAUUCACCAGGUCACUGAAAAUUUUCAACUGGCUUGGGAAAAGUAUAAGCAGUUAGUUACCUGGGAAAUGAAUGAAAGAAAAACAGCAGAAACUUUUUCAUGUCAUGCAUACAUGACAGUUGCUGAAGCAGGCAUCAGAAAAACUCAUCAACUAUCUGAUAAAAUUGCUG